GAAGCAAGAACAGUGAUGGCCGUCCAUAGCAAAGGAAAGACGCCAAAUAGCAGCAUGUGCGUGGCGGCGUUUCUCGUGGUGGUCAUGGCGGCCGCAGCAAUGGCUGACAGUGAGGAAUUGGAGGACGUCGUCUUCAGCACUCCGACCCGGGGUCUCGUGGACAGCCUCAUCGGGGGCGUUGUGGAAGGCCAUAUAGGAAUUAGCACGGGUCAUGGCAGUCAUGGUCAUUAUCCAGGAGGCCACUAUCCAGGUGGUCACUAUCCAGGAGGUCACUAUCCAGGUCAUUAUCCAGGUGGUCACUACCCAGGAGGCCAUUACCCCGGAGGUCAUCCUCCAGGGGGCCAUUAUCCUGGUCAGGGAGGCCAUUAUCCAGGGGGCCAUUAUCCCGGUCAGGGAGGCCAUUAUCCAGGGGGCCAUUACCCUGGUCAGGGAGGCCAUUACCCUGGUCAGGGAGGCCAUUAUCCAGGAGGCCAUUAUCCUGGUCAGGGAGGCCACUACCCCGGCCAAGGAGUGUGCAACGUGUGGUGCCGCGGGCCCAACAACAAAAGGUACUGCUGCGGCCGAGACGCCACUCAGGGUCAAGUCGUUAGACCGGGGUCCUGUCCCGCUGUGCGAGUCAGUUGUCCUCCGAUCCACUUCGGAGUCAGUCGGCCCAGCUCCUGCGCCCACGACGGACAGUGCCUGUCGGGUACUGACAAGUGCUGCUACGACGUAUGUCUUGGGCAUCAGGUGUGCAAGCCUGCUUUAUCAAGCCUUGGUCGCUAGAAACUGUUUUUGUUCACUGGCAACAGUAUCAUUAUUUAUUUAUGCUGGCAUCUUUAUGGUCACGUGCCUUCACUUCUACAGCCAGGCAUGUUGACGUUAGAUACCUUUAUAAUUUAUUAACAAAGAAAUGUUCAAAAUCUAUUAAAA